CGCCAUCGCCGCUACCAUAGGGCUCUCGCCCGCCACAAUCGCUGUCAUGGCCUCUUGCUGCACGCCGAGAAAUUUGGCUGUCUGGCUCAUCUUCUGCAACCGUCCCCAUCUCUCUAUCCUCGUCUCAUCUGCCUCGCUCUUUACAGUCCAAUGCUUGACUCUUGGCUUUAUUCCACCUGCUUCACCAAGAUCAUAUCUUGUACCUAAUCCUAGCCAUGGCCUUGUGCCUUGCCUUCGGUACUCAAGCCGCUUCUCUCGAUACUUCCUUCGACUAAGCUACUCUGUAAAAUAACCGCCUAGACCACACUGAGUCCUUAUAUUCUCGGCAUCACCUCUGAACGUGGCUCGAUCAAAAUGAGAUAACG